UUUUUCUUACAUCAUUUUAAAGAAAGAAUUCCAUAAUCUUCAAUUAAAAAACUUCAUGAAAGUUUUUGUCUGUUAAAAACACCCAACCAAGCCCCAAACACCCCACUAACCCAAACAAACACACAAUUUUCAGUUUUCUUUCUUUGAUUUAUAGUUUUUUUUUUUUUUUUUUUGGUUUUCUGAGUCUGAUAAAGAGAAGAGAAAUGGAAGGCAAAGAAGAGGAUGUUAGAUUGGGAGCCAACAAGUUUUCAGAGACGCAGCCAAUUAUGACUGCAGCUCAGAGCCAAGAUGAUGGAAAGGACUACAUUGAACCACCACCAGCACCACCUUUUUGGCGUAGUGAGUUGACCUCUUGGUCAUUUUACCGGGCUGGGAUUGCUGAGUUCGUGGCUACUUUCCUUUACUUGUAUAUCUCCAUUUUGACUAUUAUGGUAUUUGUCAAGGAAAACAAUAGGUGCCAAACUGUUGGGAUUCAGGGGAUUGCUUGGGUCUUUGGUGGCAUGAUCUUUGCUCUUGUUUACUGCACUGCUGGAAUUUCAGGUGGUCACAUCAACCCUGCGGUGACAUUUGGGCUGUUCUUGGCAAGGAAACUAUCUGUGACAAGGGCUAUUUUUUACAUGGUGAUGCAGUGUUUGGGAGCCAUAUGCGGUGCUGCUGUGGUUAAGGGAUUCAUGGGGAAACAGUUUGUUCGUUUGGGUGGUGGAAUCAACUCUGUGUCUUAUGGCUACACCACGGGAGAAGGCCUUGGUGCUGAGAUUAUUGGCACCUUUGUUCUUGUUUACACUGUCUUCUCAGCCACAGAUGCCAAGCGUAAUGCCAGAGACUCUUACGUCCCAAUUUUGGCACCCUUGCCAAUUGGGUUCGCAGUGUUCUUGGUGCACUUAGCCAACAUCCCAAUAACAGGAACCGGAAUUAACCCAGCUCGAAGUCUUGCUACAGCCAUCAUCUACAACAAUUACUGGGGCUGGGAUGACCAAUGGAUUUUCUUGGCUGGUCCAUUCAUUGGUGCAACAUUGGCAGCACUUUACCAUGAAGUUGUGAUCAGACCCAUUCCUUUCAAAUCAACCUUAAUUUCUAAAUUAUUCUUGUUAAUAUAUAAACAGAGAGGGUAGAAAUCAGAUUAAGACCGUAUAGUCUGAGCUCUUAAUAUAGCUAUUUUCUCCAUCCCUUCUGUUCAUGUACAGCAUUUCCUUCACCUCCAUUGAUAAUUUUUCUCUGCCUUGGAAUCUAAAGUGGGUCCUGUAUUCUGGGAAAUUUUCAAGGACUUUCAAUUAUUUUGCACGUAACUUUAUUGUGUGGAUGGAUAUAAUCUAUUAUUAAUAUUCCAUUUUUAUCACCAUCUCGCUUUAUUUUACCACAGUUGUACAAAGAACAAGCAACUUAUUUGGUGUCACUCUCGGUUAAAAGAUUUUAAGGUUAUAGAUUUUUCAUAUUUAAAUAGUAGGAAUCUACUUCUAUUACUAAUAAUUUUGCAUUUUUUUUAAAUUACAAUUUUUAAAGGGAUAGUCAUUGGCUCAUAUAAACCAAUAUCAUAUUGGCAAAAGAUGAACAACAAUAUAAAUUAGGUGGCUUGUUUCUAAAG